UCGAUGAACAGGGUUGCACUACCAUUGACACCACUCCGAUCAAUCCCUAUCAUAUGGAGCGCCACUACCGACCCUAUUCAUGCGCUUAUCCCGCUAAACGUAUAAACAACCUACUUAUGUGAACAGAAGGCGUCGAUCCGUCAUAUAAAUGCGCCACCAAGACGGUCGUUAGGACAGCAGGACAAAGGCGAUCCGCAAUCGAGAACCUACUAAAGACGGCUGAGCGACGUGCAACCCACUGAACGCCAUCUUGCACUGCCAGAGUUUCUUCCCCAGCAACCUCGACUACCGUCUAAAUGUCAGAGUAGUCCUAUCAGACUCUUUUUAGCCCCUCGAAUGGAGCCUAGCAUUGUCGUGUGGCGGGAAUCCCAGAUCUAUGAUACUCAGUACUAAUCGCGGUCAUGUGCCAGUCAUCCUCCCGCCUAACCUUAAUUGCGAUCUUGCUGGCUUUUGUCGACACAUCCUAAGCAACUCUAAAACCCUGAAGAAAACAGUCAAGACCGAGACCUAUCAAAUGUCACGCACCACUGUGGAUGCAGCGGAUACGAUCACACAGAUAUUCCUACCCGGAGUAUGCAACCAGCGACUAGGAAUCGGCAACUAUAAUCCCAUCAGUCAGGCAGUUCUACUAUAACGGUUCAAGCGUACUUCAUGAAGUAUCUGGGCAUCAUCUGUGAAGUAACGUACGGAUGUGGUAUAUCCUCAGUGCAUGUUCAUUUGGUGGCUCUGCGUAAUUGUCGGACACAUAUUGUAGGUUUUGAUUUCAGAAAAAGGGAGGUGGCAAUUUCCUUAAAUCACUCACCUGUGAAGAGAAACUCCCAGAAUGCGAUCCGUCUCGUAUGCGUUGGCUAUUUCGCCGGACUGUGAAUCGUAUAUGCUUCACCGACAGACUGGACAUACUCCAUACGCUGAACUGGUCGGGUGUCAGUGGACCCGCCGAGUGCAUCACAGUAGAUGCCAAUCCUUAUUCCACAACUCCCCACGACAUAAUGCUUGACAAUGAACCAAGAAGUCUUCUUUUUCUUCCCUUCCUUGCUCCAUCUCGUUUCUUUCCGUUUUCUUUAUUGUUG